CGUACACCGCCUUACGUACACUGUGGUCCCACUGCGACGCCGAGGACACGGACUCUGGUCUGCUGGUUCCCCCAUGGUGAAUCUGUUAGCUAAGAUUUAACUAUUAUUUAUUCUGAAGCGCACAUCGGCUGUUUAGCUGUUAUGGCUGAAAUGAAGCGAACUCAUUCCGGCACCGAGGACGUCCCCUCCUCCCCCAAGCAAGCCAAGGAGGGGGUCGCCGAUAAAAGACACAUCGCGGCGUUGAUUCUUGCUAGGGGGGGAAGCAAAGGGAUCCCCCUAAAAAAUAUCAAAAUGUUGGCUGGCGUUCCACUCAUAGGAUGGGUAUUAAGGGCUGCCGUGGACUCGGCCGUAUUUGACAGUGUUUGGGUUUCUACUGAUCACGAUGAGAUUGAGAAGGUAGCCAAGGCCUGGGGGGCCAAGGUGCAUCGCAGGAGCCCUGAGGUCUCCAGAGACUCUUCUAGUUCACUGGAAGCUAUUCAGGAGUUCGUCAAGCUCAACCCAGAGGUGGAUGUGAUCUGUAAUAUCCAGGCAACAUCCCCCUGCCUCCACCCAUUCCAUGUAAAGGAAGCUGUAGAGAUGAUCACCCUGAAGGGCUUUGAUUCUGUCUUUUCUGUGGCCAGAAGACACCACUUCCGUUGGCAGGAGGUCAAAAAAGGAUCUGGUAAGAUGACCAAAGCAUUAAAUUUGGAUCCAGCUCACAGACCACGGCGUCAAGACUGGGAUGGAGAACUUUGUGAGAAUGGAUCAUUCUACUUUGCCACAAGAGAUAUCAUAGAGAACAAGAGAGCUUUGCAGGGUGGUAAGGUAGCCUACUACGAGAUGCUGCCGGAGUACAGUGUAGACAUUGACGUGGACAUCGACUGGCCUGUUGCAGAACAGAGGGUUCUCAGGUAUGGGUACUUUGGUCGGGACAAGCCUGAAGUUGUGCAAAUUUUCCUUUGCAAUGUGUCUGGAUGCCUGACGGAUGGACAGAUAUUUAUGUCUUUAUCUGGAGAAGAGAUGGUGUCUGUCAACACAAGAGACAUCACGGGCAUCCGCAUGCUAAAAAAAGAAGGAGUGGAGGUGGUGCUCUUGACUACUAGUGAAGACUCCACGACCAAGACGUUGUUUGACAAGCUGGCCCUGAAAAUAGGCUGUCAGGUUAAGCAAACCAGAUUGGAGCUGGUUGGAGAGGUCAAGAAGAUACUGAAGGAGAGGGGGCUGGACUGGAGACAGGUGGCCUAUAUGGGUAACGACGAGCCAGACGUUGAGUGUCUAAACCUGGCGGGUCUGAGUGCUGUACCUCGAGAUGCCCCCGUGGUUGCUGUCAAUGCUGCGAAAUACACUUGCCGCAACACGGGAGGUAAGGGAGCUGUCAGGGAAUUCACUGAACACAUACUACUUCUCAAAAAGAAGGCGAUGUCCCAGAUGGAACAAGACCGCAUAAAAAGAACUUCUGAUUUUUAAUGUUUUUUUUAAAUCAAAGAUUCAGUGUUUAAUGACGUUUACGACUCUUGUCAACGACUUUUAAGACUUUCUUUUAAUUUGUUUCCCCCAUUUUAUAACUUCUCACUUCCAGAGUUCUGUCUUUAAGUUGUCAUUUAACUUCUUAUGUUUUUAGCGCCUUUUAAUGCCUCUUAGUGUCGGAUUCUUUUGUUCUCUUCUAUUUUUUAAUUUGUUCCAUUGCACUUUUACAAUGCAGUGGCCUUGAGCUCUGGUUAAUAAAAUGGUUUUAUUUCACACAUUUAAUGCAAAUUAAAUGCAAAUUUACGUUUUUCUAUGUUUGAAACAAUUGAAAUGGAUCAGCUCAGAUUGCCUUCAGUGGUCGAUUGCUGAUGCUUUUUCCUUUUGUUGUGAUAGGUGAUAAUAGGAAGUUUUUACUUAUUUAUGAAGGGCUGCUUUUUACUAAAUUAAUCUGUGUCUUGUAACGUUAUUCUCGGAAUAAGUCUGAUGUUAUAUUGAAGUUUGUGCUUUGACUGUGAAGAAUGCUCCUGUACAAUGCUGUGCUGUGCUAUCCUCAGUAAGAGAUUGUUUUAAUUUGGCCUAAACUGCUAAAAUGUGGACCGACUUAUUUGCUAAACAUUUCUAAUAUGGAGGAAAUAUGAUUAUUAAUAGAAGGGUAUUUAUAAAGUAUAUAGCUGAUAUCAACUGCCAUUCUUUUAAAGUUUUCUAUUCAUUCAAUCUUGAAGCUGAAGAUGACACGCAUAAAAAAAGACCUUUUCCUUUGGUGUAAAUCAUCCUUUUUUUGUAACAAGAUGCAUUUGCCCCGUCUUUGAGCAGCUGUUGUGUUACUCAUCACUCAGUUCUGGUUACUUUGCAAUCUCCGUUUGCUUUCUUGGGAUGUUUUAGUGAUGUGGGAGACAUAAUAAUUGUGUUGAAUUUCAAAAAGCAAUCACCUCUUGUGUGAAAUGCCAAAUAUUUUAAACAAUAAAUGAUCCAAUGAAAAGAUGAAAACCU